AAUUUCAAUUCUUAAAACUCGGAAAAUGAGCGAUUUGCUCGACGAAGGGAGUUCUUGGCUUGAAGUUGAGGCUUGAGCUGACAGGAACGUCUUCCAAGUGUUAGGAGAGGGUUCUGGCCGAAAAGAGCGAGGUGUUGGAGCCCAGUCGAUAGAGCAGACUACGGUGGCGGCUGUUUCUUCAGCUGUUUCACCACACAGCCAUGUGGCGCCUUCUGUGUCUUCUCAGCUGGUUGAGCUUGGCGGCUGCUCAGCAGGUUACUCUGCCACAGAUCUCACUUACGGUGGAGUGGGUUCCGGUUGCUGAGACGAAAAGUGCAACCGUGACCUACCAAGAGGUUAACGUGACUGGUGCACCCGUUGGAGAAGUUGUAACAGUCGUUGAAAAUCUUGCGCCUGAAAACACAAGUUACAGGUUUACUGUACCUAAGCCUGGUUUAUAUCGGGUACAAGUAGUGGGAGAUGUCCAAGGACGUGACUCAACCAGCUUGUUUCUUAACGGCGUCUUUCAAGCUGUUCGGGUACCGCCCAUAACUGGCAUACUACUUACGGUGGAGUGGGUUCCAUUGGACGCGUUUGCUGUGACGGAUAGCACAACCGUGACCUACCAAGAGGUUGACGCGAAUAGUGCACCCGUUGGAGAAGUUGUAACAGUCGUUGCAAAUCUCACGCCUGAAUUGACAAGCUACACAUUUACUGUACCUCAUCCUGGUUUCUAUCGGGUACAGGUAGUGGGUGCUGUGAGUAUCCAAGGAUUUGACUCAACCCUCUUGUUUGUUGACAGCGUCCUUGAAGCCACUGGGGCUGGUGGUCUUAAUACACUUGCCCCACCAGAAACUGUACCGCCACGACCACCGACAUCUGUAACAGUUAUUCAGGAAACGCAACCGCCAGCUACCACUGGGGUUGGUGGUCUUAAUACACUUGCGCCACCAGAAACUGUACCACCGCUACCACCGACAUCUGUAACAGUUAUUCAGGAAACGCAACCGCCAGCUACUCAACCACCCCAGGUUAUACAGACAACGCAUACAGUAUUUACACCUCGGAACGUUCCCAGUUACAUCAACCCGGUCAGCUAUGACCUUGAGGUGCACACAUACAACACCGGCACCCAGCAGUAUGAUGUCUCACAAACGGUAAAGCCUGCCGUAUUUCCACAGCCUGUGACUCUUAAUCCUGGUGGUCAUGUUGUGCGGGUUUUUGGAACGGACGCUAAUGGAAUAAGGCAUCACCUCGCUACUGAAGGAGUCAAUUUCAAUGCAGGUGAAUUUCCCUUCCAAAAUGAUCAAUUUGGACAAAUAUUCGUUGUGCCGGACUCAAACAAGCCAAAUGGUAAUUUCGAUGUGAGCGUCGACCUCCCACCACUGACUUCUGGUAAUGAGAACACUUACGACACGUACACGUUGAGCUAUGGUCCGGUUGAUGGUCCUACUUCUACUCUUCAAGUUCCAACCAGCUCGUCCAAUGUGGUGUUGGAGUUGCCACCGGGACAAUACUCGUUCUCCGCUGAGGCAAGCAGUAGUACCACCGGUGCUGAGUUGUUCCUUGGAGGCCCGGCUUUCUACCAGUUUAGCGUUCAGGGAACUUCGUUCACCCUUCUGCCACCAACUAAUCCUCCCAGGCCAACACAACCGAGAGUGUAUCCCAUUACAAUCAACUAUCCGAGUAAUUCCAGAGGGCCCGUGGAUGUGUUCGUGAGCCGCUUUAAUGACGUCACUAACACAUGGGAGUCGUACAGAGACCGGCGGGCAGUUCCAGCAUCGGAAUUUCCCUUGCGGUAUGAAGUACCCGCGGGUUACUAUCACUGGUACGUUCAAGACAUGAAUGGUGGAAGCUUGCAAGCUGCUGGCACUGCAGAGUAUGGAGUAAGAGUACCCAACAAGGACAGUAUUUCAACCCUAGCUGGAGCCACGUUUUUCCAUGACAACAACUAUAGAGGCGGUACAGACCUGAUCUUGCCGACGACGUCAAGUCAACAGAGGGCGGACUACACAAAUUGGGUCGUCACUUACUCCGAACGAGGAAGCUCAGACACACAAACAUUGAGAGUACCGCUGACCGGUUUGGCUACUGAGCAAACACGGCUCACCGGGCUAGCGGGUGACACUAAUUACGAUUUCACUUUCCACUUGGAAGGACCCGGUGGAAGAACAAUAUCAGCCCCAUCGGUCAUGGUCAAUACACCAAGUGCUGACUUGUCUGUCAACCUUCCCAACCUCAAUGUGUUGCCAUUGCAAGUCUUGGACAAGAUCACCACCUGGUCAUAUGAUAUCUAUAGGUGGAAUGAAGCUACACAGUCGUAUGAGGCCACGCAAUACUCAAAGUCCGGACUGUCCCGUUUUGACUUCCCAGACACGAUAAGUAACUUUCCUUAUGGUUACUAUUCGAUUAGAUAUGCUGGAUACGGCUCUGAUGGUAGUGUGGUCACCUCUUCCGUUGGUAACGAGAACUUUGGCUAUGGGGGAACGGUUCCAAGUGAUUUCAGCUUUUCCUGGCAAUAUCAGCUGGAGAACACUCGUUACCAAGUACAGCGUCCAACGCUCACUGACGAGCUGCGAAGCAAGUAUGAUCAGUGGGUGGUCACUUGGCGAACGGCCGGAGGGCAGACGCAGAAUCGAGUUCUUCCCCUCAGUCAGGAGUUCUUCGACUUCCCGGACGGUGCAACCGGCGAGUACAGCAUCACAUUCCUCCUGGAAAACUCUGUGACUGGCGAGAGAACAAUCCCAUCGGUUCCGAUUACUGUGACGUAUUCACAAGUAGAUGCACCACCUACCACUGCGGCCCCAAUCGUCAAGGGUCCACCUGGUCCUGCCGGUCCACCCGGAGGGCCUGGCCCGAAAGGCCCCGAUGGACCCCCAGGCAACUCCGGAGGUACUGGAAUGGAUGGUAUGCCUGGUGAGCCAGGUGCCGAUGGAGCCGAUGGUCCCGAAGGAAACCCAGGAGCACCGGGAACGCAAGGAAUGGGAGGAGAGCCUGGCCCAAUUGGAGAGCCUGGCAAGGAUAUAGUCUGUCGAACCCUAGCUGGUGUCACCAUACCGUGUCCUGAGGGCUGGGGAACGACCGUCUUCCGUGACAACUUCUCUCAAGGCAAAGGACCAACCGGGCCACCUGGACCACGGGGAGCACCUGGACCAUCCGGAGCAACUGGACGAGAGGGCAGACAAGGGAGUGCUGGAAAUGAUGGUGACAUGGGCGAGACAGGCUCUGUAGGUGCAAAGGGACCACCUGGACCCUCCGGAGCAAAUGGCCAGCCUGGACGACCUGGCAAAGAUGGAAUUCCAGGCGGCCGUGGAGCAGAUGGUUCUGUGGGAGAAAUCGGCCAACCAGGUGCAAAUGGCCUGCAAGGUCCCAAGGGCCCCGAUGGUUUGAGAGGAGAAAAGGGUCGUCGCGGACAUACUGGCAAACAAGGCAACAAUGGAUAUGACGGACAGAAGGGAUCAACAGGAGACAUGGGACGCAACGGAAAGCAGGGAUCCGACGGCCAAGAUGGCCUUCCUGGACCACUAGGUGCCCGCGGUGCCCCAGGUGCUGCGGGAACACGUGGAGGACCUGGUCGCGCUGGCAACCCAGGCCGACAGGGUGACACUGGCCUGCCCGGAGCAGGUGGCCCAGUCGGCUCCAGAGGCAUCAAGGGCGAAAAGGGCGGCGCCGGACCUAUUGGCUUCUCAGGAAUUAGGGGCAGAAAUGGCCGUGAUGGCGACCCAGGCCGUAAGGGUCUUCAAGGCUUGGUGGGACUCCCUGGAACAGGUGGCUCAUCGGGACCAGCUGGCGAUCCCGGAACGAAAGGAGAAUCUGGAACGGCCGGAGAACGAGGAUCACAAGGCGUACAGGGAGGACCCGGUUAUGAUGGCAUCAAUGGACGUAAGGGCGAGCGUGGCAGGACUGGAGGUUCUGGCGCCAAGGGUCCUCUGGGUGACAGAGGCCCACAAGGUCCUGAAGGACUCUCUGGAGAAACUGGACUACCCGGACCUCUAGGAGCCAAGGGCGCCGACGGAAGUCCAGGACGUGUCGGCCGCAUUGGAGCUGUUGGAAUGACGGGACUCGAAGGCCUGGUGGGAACAACUGGCGAAGCAGGACCAACUGGCCACAAGGGUUCAACUGGCCACCAAGGUGCACCUGGUGACUCUGGCGUCAAGGGCAGGCAGGGUGCACGUGGCAGUGAUGGACCAUCUGGACGUCCCGGCAGACAAGGCCCUCCUGGUCGUGACGGUGAACCAGGCUCCCAAGGUCGACAUGGAGUUCCAGGCAUUGACGGCAAAGAUGGAAGACCUGGUGGACCUGGAUCCCUGGGCAGACGAGGUGAAGCUGGCCCAUCUGGACCAACAGGCGAGCAAGGAGUCAGGGGUGACCCUGGAGCAGACGGAACCAAUGGACGCAAUGGACGAAACGGCGACAAGGGCAAGAAGGGUGACGCUGGUCUAGUCGGUGACCCUGGUGCAGCUGGCCCAUCUGGAGAAUCCGGUCUCAAGGGUCUUCCUGGUGCUUCUGGAAAUCCCGGAGGACCUGGUGAGAAUGGACUCGCAGGUGACACUGGCUCUCAAGGACCCCAAGGCUACAAAGGAAAUUCCGGUGCUAAUGGACGCAGAGGAGUGAAGGGAGAGCGGGGACUUCCCGGAAACGACGCUUUCACUGGACUGAACGGUGCCCAGGGUGCAACAGGACCAGGUGGACCACAAGGACGACCUGGAGAGAAUGGCGCCCAGGGUCUUCAAGGUGCUGAUGGCCCGCAGGGAGACCAAGGCAAUCAAGGUCCUCUUGGACCCGUCGGUCCAGAAGGCAGUCAAGGCGGAGAUGGUGCACAAGGAGCUCAAGGAGUCCAAGGCGAUCCAGGCAGAAACGGAGUACAAGGUCCGGAUGGUCCCGCUGGCAAUCCUGGUGAAAACGGUAUCAAAGGACUACCAGGAAAUCCUGGCGCACCUGGCAACGGUGGAGAUGCAGGACAAGCCGGCCCAGAAGGACAAAGAGGACCACGAGGAGGCCCAGGUACACCAGGCAGUGCCGGACUUGAAGGACAACAAGGACCUGCGGGUGAACCUGGCUUCGACGGCAGAAAUGGUGAAAAUGGACAGCGCGGAGAGAGAGGUCCAAAGGGUGACAGCGGCGCUAAAGGUGCAAUUGGUCCCGAAGGAAGUCUAGGAAGCGGUGGUUCAAACGGAGAGAAGGGAGUCCGUGGAGAUCGUGGCCCAGGUGGAAGAAAUGGAGGUCUCGGCGCAUCAGGUGUUAGCGGACCCCGUGGACCACCUGGACCCAGAGGAGGUGAUGGACGGGACGGUAACAAGGGUGAAAAGGGAGUCAAGGGUGAAGUUGGAGCCAUGGGAAAUUCCGGUUUUACUGGUCAGACCGGCGCCAAGGGUGCACGUGGCCGAGACGGACUGAUGGGAAAUGACGGACAAGAUGGCAAUCGCGGUAUGGUUGGACGUGCUGGUGACUCAGGCGCCGAUGGAUCCACAGGCCCACAAGGAGCAACUGGCUCCGCUGGGGCUAAGGGCAGCAGAGGUGUCCGUGGACGCGCUGGUGAAGCUGGUGAAGCUGGCAAAGCUGGGGAGCCCGGACGCAGAGGCAAAGUGGGUCCUCCUGGAUUUGAAGGCACCGUUGGAAUACCUGGCCCAGUUGGACCAAGAGGUCUUGCUGGAAGUCUCGGCAUGGCUGGAGUCCCUGGCAAAUCUGGAGAGCAGGGUCCCUCUGGCCCAGCCGGACCAGACGGCAUCGUCGGUCCACCAGGUCCCACCGGUCAACCUGGACGUGACGGCUCAAAUGGUCAAGACGGUGACAAUGGUGCUCCUGGUGAAUCUGGUGGCCGCGGUGCACCUGGAAGCUCCGGAUCGUCCGGAUUCCCGGGCCGCCAAGGUGAAGACGGAGCUCCUGGAGAGAGAGGUGACAAUGGAAACCCGGGAGAGAUUGGUGCUGAGGGUGACCGUGGUGAGUCCGGAGCCGAGGGUCUACAAGGACCCUCUGGUGAACGAGGCGGUGAUGGCCUAGGUGGUCCCAAGGGAGAGAGGGGAGCCACCGGCCCUCUCGGACAAGCUGGACCAAACGGGCCAGAUGGAGCCGACGGCAUGGCAGGUGUAGAUGGCAUGCGCGGAGCACCGGGUUCUGAUGGAGAUCCCGGACUACAAGGCCCUAGGGGACAAACUGGCCCGCCCGGUGAUGGCUGGAUCGUGUCCGACAAGGGCAAGGGAACAUCAUCAGGACCAUCCACCAAAGGCAAGGGUGGUAGCACAAACUACGCCAGCGUGGACCAAGAGUUUGACCAGGUUGUCGACGACUUCUCCUGCUUCUUCACGCCCAAUGGUAGUGCCAGCUGCCCAGUUCGAUGCUGCUACGACCUGUUCCAGGACUAUCCUCACUAUAGCUCAGGGUACUAUUACACUAAUCCUGCUCUGUCAAGCAAAUCAGAUGCCAUACUGACAGAGUGCAACAAGGAUAUUGACGAAACUUGCAUCUUCUAUUCUCAUGAGAAUGCGACUACCACCAUGCCAUACACGCAGUGUGGUUGUCUUGGAAACGCCAGAUGCAACAUUAAGUGCUCGAGCAGACCACCAAUUGGCACACAGCUGAAGCUGAAGAUGGCUGAUGAGUCCACCCUGGAGGCUGGAGCUGUUGACUUCAGCACAUCGGAGAACACACUCUCGUUCGAUCUUGCCGGAGACGCCAGCAUGUUCCCGGUGCUGGACUUUGGACUCGACACAGUCUGUCCCGAUGACAACACGGCAACAGCUCUUUGUGACCGCUAUUGCUUCCAUUGAGUUGAAACAGCUGACUCACUGCGCAACCACCUCAAACCGCUCUAGAACCUUUAGUAGCUUCAACCGAGAAGUGAACACGGAACACCUGUUGUUUGCAGUCGCUGGAGCCACCCACACAGCCGCAAUCCGCAUUGCAGCUUUGGGCAGCUCCCCGGCUAGCCUGGCAUCACACAGUUAUCUUGACCUGAUUUAACUUGUUCCCGGGCACACUCGCUCUCCCUCACAUGCUCACGCAUACAAUACACCGGCACUCUCUCAAAUAACUAUGCACGCACAAACAGUACUGUCCACUCAUCCACCCGAACUGCAAACUCUCACGUCUUCACCCAUGCACCCGCAUACAUCCAGUCAGGUCUUUCAUGAACUCCUAGAGCGUAUCCAUCGGUAUCAGGAUCAUCCGUGAAAGCAUCUAUGAACACUCCUGCUGUCUCAUAUGCACAUAUUCGCACACGAACACACAUGUCCGCAUCCCGUCAUCGAGAAAAUCUGGCUCCACUGAGCUCGCUCUGCUUCGCACCGAGGACUAUCCCGGUGCCAUUGUUUGUGUCUCGUACUCAUCAGGUCCUAACCAACUACCUGCCACAGUUUCUACUUAUUGCUUUUGUAGGAAGAACCUAAUCUGAUCAUGCUCAACAUUGGCCAUCUCAAUUUGUAAUAUACCUAAGAGAUCGAUGGUGGCUGACUGUAUUCCCUGUUUAAUACUUCUCAUGGCUUAAAUGUCCUACAACUAACAGCGUAGCCAUAGUACAAAAGAUGCCAUUGUUUUGGCAUUGGCGUCAAUCUGCUCCUAUCAUCUCCUCUGUGCUUUUUUUUGUCCUCUGCUUGUCGGCUAUUGCUUUGAUCCGCUACUAUUUGUCGCUAAUUUCUGAACGAAAAUCAGAAUUUGGAAACGUG